UAAAAGUGGGCCGAGUAUGAACUUAAUUGGGUUAAGACCCGUUUCUACGGGUCAGAUCCUGUUCAUUGAGUGAAUUCUAUAAUCUCGCUUUCCCUUGCGUCUCUUGCUUCCCUUCUCAUUCCCCAAAUUCCAAAACCCUAGACUUCGAUCUCCCGCCACGCUCCGAUAACUCCGACGCCGGUUUUCUCCACCAACUCCGGCGAACUCUCCGUCGAUCCCUUCACCUUAAAACGUCAAUAAAGUUAUUACUUGUUCUUGUGUGGGAACCCUCUCACCUGAAGUUAUGGAGAAUGAAAUUCAGAAAAGUGAACUGUUGACGGUAGAGUGUGAGCUCAGUCAAAACAAUGUCGAGCAGGAGUUGGGGCACCAACAAUCUCAAAUCGAGCAACUACAAGAAAAGGUUAUGGAGGUAAAAUUAAGCAUGCAAUGCUCUGAAAAUGAUGGGAAAAAGGAAUUGGAGCUUCUUUGGCGCAGAGUAAAAACUGCUGCAACAUUGCUCACUUACCUGAAAUCAAAGGCAAGACUUAUGGCCGUUCCUCAGUUAGCAUACACUUCAUGUGGGAUCAAACAUCAAGAAGGGAUAGGGCUUAUUGACAAACAUGGGGUACCAUUAUCGGAUUGGUCAAAGGAUGUUGAUCUUUCUUUGCAUGAAAGUACAGAUGAGGAACUUCUACUUGCAAAUAAUGCUGAUGUCGGUUUGCUUGGUGCAAAUGAUGGAGCAUAUAUUGGUGAAAUUCUUAAAUCAAUUCAUAUGAUAUCAGAUGUCAUGGAGUCUCUAGUUAAGAGAGUUAUAAUGGCAGAAACUGAAGCUGCUUCAGAGAAACAAAAAGUUACCUUGGGUCUGGAAGAAAUUGCAAGGAAGACACUCCAAAUUGACAACAUGUCAGCAAAGGUUGUAGAGAUGGAACAGUUUGCAUUGGGUACGAAUGGUAUACUGAAUGAAAUGAGGCAGAAGGUUGAAGAAAUGGUAGAAGAAACAUCUAGGCAAAGGCAGCGAGCCACAGAAAAUGAACAGGAGCUUUCUCGUGUAAAGCGGGAUUUUGAUUCCUUAAGAUCAUUUGUAAGCAGUCUGAUAAGUGUUAGAGAAACCCUCCUUUCAUCAGAAAAGCAAUUUCAAACAAUGGAGAAGCUUUUUGACAGGUUAAUGGAGAAAACUGCUCAUCUCGAGAGUGAAAAGGCGCAGAAAGAGGCUGAAGUUCAAAAGCUCAUGGAAGAGAAUGUAUCACUGAGAGCUAUGCUAGACGAGAAAGAAGCUGAACUUCUUGCUAUGAAUGAGCAGUGCAAGUUCAUGGCACUCAGCAGUUCUGGGAUUUAAUAAACAGUUGGCCGUUGAUUAUAUUUUCAGAGGCUUCAUAUGAAAGAAACUGGAAGAGAGAGAAAAAGGGGGCCAAACGUUUGAAGAAUGCUGUACAUGCUCAGUGAAGUCCUCUUUGUUUAUUCUUGUGUGUGAAUUUUCUAAUUUGAACUUGUAUUAGUCUCUGAUUUACUCUGAGCGAUAAGACAAAUGAAAUUAUUUGUACUGUAACCAUCAAGUGAAAGUGAAAAGUAAGCUUUGA